GGAGGCGGGCCUCACGGCGUCGUAGCUCCAAGAUACUGGGUGCCAAGUUGACUGGGCCCGGGGAUGUGUCUCCUGCUGGGGGCUGCGGGAGUCGGGAAGACCCUGCUGGUGAAACGCCUGCAGAAGCUGAGCUCGGGAGAUGGCGAGGGCGACCUGGGGGAGCCUCCGCCCACGCGGCCCACGGUGGGCACCAACCUCACUGACAUCGUGGCCCACAGGAAGAUCACCAUCCGAGAGCUCGGGGGUUGCAUGAGCCCCAUCUGGUCCAGUUACUAUGGAAACUGCCAUUCCCUCCUGUUCGUGAUGGAUGCCUCUAACCCCACCCAGCUCUCUGCAUCCUGCAUGCAGCUCUUGGGUCUCCUUUCUGCAGAAGAACUUUCAAAAGCCUCGGUCCUGAUACUCUUCAAUAAAACUGACCUUCCCUGUCACAUGACCACGGAGGAAAUAAAGUCAUUAAUGAGGCUUCCAGACAUCAUUGCUUGUGCCAAGCAGAACAUCACCACAGCAGAAAUAAGUGCCAGGAAUGGCACUGGCUUGGCAACAGUACUUCUCUGGCUCCAGGAGCAACAGCUGACUGCAAGAUAGAGAAUUAUGGCUGACCCACCCAGUGCCUAGGUGACCAAGAGCGACACAGCUGCCUCUGAAGGUCUGUUCCGAUAGAAACAGACCCGCCCAGUGCAUCCCUACACCGUACAGACACUGCUGUCACCUUGCCUCUGAAGACUGUUCCCAAAACUGGGAGGACAGAACUGCAGGUGGCAGGGUGUCUUCUUGCCGUCUAGAUAAAAGUGCUGCUGGACUCCCACCAGCAAACUCUGGACCUAAGCCUGAGAACUUGACUGUACUGCUCCACUGAGACCAGAUCUUUCUUGUAGUACAAGCUCUGCCCUUCUGAGUUUCUGAUAUCCUGACCAUGUUCUCCAGGAAAAAAUAUAUAUAUGAUAUAUAUAUAUAAAGUUCAUGAAGUGAG